CAUCAGACACACGCUGUGUAUUAUCUCUCUCACUCAUCUUGUGCUGGACAUGGGGGCGGAGUCAUGCUGGAAGAGACCACGCCCAUCAGGAAAGAAACGUUUCAUCACAUGAUUAAGGUAACACAAAAGAAGAUGAAAUAUGCAGGAGGCUUAUAUUAAACACAGAAGAUAGCGUGGAUACAAACUGCUGACUGAGGAAGAUGAAAAGUGUCUGCUCACGGAAAUGAAAAUCUUCUUGGACAUCUAACGAUUCUCAACAUGUCCCAUUUUGAGUCAUACAAAGGAGAAGUAUGCUGACUCUUCUGAUUUAAGCUCAAAGAAGCAUGAUAUGAACCUGGACAUGUGAAUUACUCAAUGAACAGUUUCUCGACAGGUGUCAUUACUGAGGGUUUAACGGUGCGAAGUGGCGUGUUUUGUGUCAUCACAGCAGGACUGAGCUGUUUUAGCCACAGCCAAAUCUCCACUAAAGUAGCCUCGUUCUAAAAGACAAAGGACAGGCUUUAACAUGACUUGAAAUACAAGAAACACACAUGUGUAGGUGUACCUUUAUGUAGCUGACUCAAUCAAAACAAAAACCUCCUCUUUCUUAUCUCAAAGAAAUUUAUCUUUAGGAGCAAUAGCUGCUUAACCAGAUUGGAGGUUCUCGAGCUGGGCCGAAAUGUGACUGAAAAGAACAUGCGAAUGAGAAGGCGAAAUUAGGGACAAUCAGAUCUGUUUUGGAACAAGUGUAUCUUUAGCAUCCUUUAGUAAGAGAGUGUUGCUCACUCAGACAAACCCUCCUCUUCUCCACUUCAUGUCAAAGUCAGCAUUAGCAAGAACAACAGUAAUGGCUUAUUUAGCAUUUCAUUCUUUUGUCUUAAUUUCACAUCUAAGAUAAAGCAGACAUUACUAUAAACACAUGACGUAUCUGAUUAUAUUUCUAUGUGAAAUGAUAACUUUUUUGCUAAAGACCACAGUGGCAUGUUGAUCUGCUGUUCCAUUUCAUAUCAACCAGAAAGCCUUAGCAAGUAUCUACUUGACAAGCUUUUAGUAUGUUGUCUCACUUCAGCAUCUAAGAUAAAGCUGUGGGAAGGACAGAAUUAUAUUUGUGUGAUAUAUCACACUGUGUUUGAAACGACAAUACUAUCCAAUUAAUUUGAAUUACCAUUUCAUAUCAAAGAUAGCUUUAGCAGAGGUAGCAUUAACUGCUUAAUCAGUGGUUUGUCCCACCAAUGUGUUAGAUAUAGAUAUAUGUGUGAAACACAUUGUCACUGUAUUUUGCUAGAAAUGUUGCUCAGAGGAUAGCUUUAGCAAGCACAACAGGAACUACUUGACCGACUGUGCCAUUUCAUUUUUAAGCUAUCAUUAGCAUUAGCAUACGACAGCAGUAACCGCUCAAUUAGCUUACUGUCUAAGAUAAAACUACAUAAUGGAUAUGACUAUACAUGUGUGUAUGUGACACUGGUUUGUUCGAGAUGUUGCGCAGAGGAUUGUUUUUGUGGCUCUCUCGCGUCUGUGGCGUUUUAGUCCUCGUUUGCUGCUUUCUUUCUCUCCUCUAUGUCAUCACUUGCAACCCUCAUACCGAUGACCCCUUGGUGGCACCCAGGCUGGGCGCACCAGGCUCUCCAAGAGGGCCCGGGGUUCCUGGUGUUCUCAGCGGCGCCCCCUUGGGUUCAUCAAGCCACGAAAACUAUCAAGCUUUGCUUCAGGAACGUGAGGAGCAGCAACGGCAACACAUUUCCAGCCUGAAGAAGCAAAUCGCAGAACUGAAGGAAGCCCUGCAGGAGCGAGUUGAGUGGCCAAAGGAGCUUCAGGAGAAAACGGGCAAUGCAGCGACUGAUCUGAAUGAGUUUCUCCGCACCCAAAUGGGCCGGGCAGAGAUAAGUGCAGGUGUCCGCUUGCCAAAUGAGUAUGCUGUGAUUCCAUUUGACAGCUUCACGCUGCAGCGUGUGUAUCAGCUGGAGACAGGACUCACACGCCAUCCUGAGGAAAAACCAGCUAGGAAAGAUAGACGCGAUGAGAUUAACGAAGUGGUGGAGAGCGCCGUGCACACACUGAACUCGCACAAACACAAUAUGGGAGAUAAAUUUAGUGCAGACAAGGUGUACAGCAUGGCUGAUUUCAUUGAAGGUCUAGCACGAACUGAGAAGGAUAAAGGAACGCUGUACGAGCUGACAUUCCGUGGAGAUAGGAAAAAUGAGUUCAGGCGUCUCGUUCUGUUUCGUCCCUUUGGCCCGUUGAUGAAGGUGUCGAAUGAACGUGUGGCGACGUCUCACACUGCCAUCAACAUCAUCGUACCGCUUUCACAGAGAGCCGACAAAUUCAAACAGUUCAUGCAUACCUUCAGGGAGGUGUGUAUAAAGCAAGAUGGACGAGUGCACCUCACCGUUGUCUACUUUGGCCAAGAGCAGAUGAACGAAGUCAAAGGAAUCCUGGAGAGCACGUCCAGAGAGCUGAAUUACCGUAAUUUCACAAUGAUCCAUCUGAAUGAGGAGUUUUCCCGAGGCCGAGGUUUGGACGUGGGUGCCCGAGCAUGGAAAGGAGGAAACGUUCUGCUGUUCUUCUGUGACGUCGACAUCGUCUUUACUGCUGACUUUCUCAACAGCUGCCGCCUGAACACACAGCCAGGAAAGAAAGUGUUUUAUCCGAUUCUGUUCAGCCAGUACAAUCCCGCAGUGAUUUAUGGAGGCAGCGAUCACGUCCCGCCUGUGGAGCAACAGCUGGUGAUUAAGAAAGACACAGGCUUCUGGCGGGACUUUGGUUUCGGGAUGACCUGUCAGUACAGAUCUGACUUCAUCAACAUAGGUGGAUUUGAUGUGGAUAUUAAAGGGUGGGGCGGUGAGGAUGUGCACCUCUACAGGAAGUACCUACACAGUAACCUGCUGGUGAUCCGUGCGCCGUCUCGUGGCCUUUUCCACCUGUGGCAUGAGAAGCACUGUGCCGACGAGCUCCCACCCGAGCAGUACAAGAUGUGCAUGCAGAGCAAAGCCAUGAACGAGGCAUCGCACGGGCAGCUGGGGAUGCUGCUCUUCCGGCAUGAGAUCGAGGCUCACCUGCGCAGACAGAAGCAGCGCAUCGCCGCCAAGAAAGCCUGAAGCAUGAACCAUGGUGACUUACAGGCACAUGAAAAAAAUACAAUAUAGAAAACACUCACAUAUGUAUGUGAAUUGCACAGGCUUUGGGCUUCAGUGCUUUUUUAAUACACACUUUUUGACUUCUCCUAUUGACUUGGAAGUGACAGUUGUUUCAACAGGAGCACACUCAAGAACAGGUUAUUUCCAUGAAGCUUGUGACAUUGGAAGACGAUACAUUCAACCAGUCGAGUGGUUUAAGGUUUAACAAUGCCGUUGCUAGGCAACUGGAAACAUGGAUGUCAAGCAUAAGCUAGCUAAUGCCUGAGGCUAACAGUAUAGCAAGCUAGCACACACAAAUCUUUUACAAUGUAAAGGCACAGAGACAGUAGAAACAAGACGAAACAUUUAGAAAACUUCCUUCAGCAAUUUUGGUAAACAGUCAUUAUAACUAAAAUUACACUUAGCAUCGACCGCUAACUGAAUUUCUCUGGGUUCUGCCAUAUCAACAUUGUGUCACAACUCAGUGUGGAUGAAUCCGACUCUCCUCAAAACAUCAUUUAUGAUUUAUACUGUAGUUAUUUUUUUUAAACUAGACAUCUUGUUGUUGAAUGCUGGCCAAUUUAGAAGAUGUUCCAAAUGCUAGCACAUAGAAGCCAUCCAAAUAAUAACUUCUAGAUAGACAUUCCUUUAUUUUAAAGUCUUCUUACACAGUUAUACUGCAAGCGUAUGUUAAGUAAGAAAUAAAACACUCCAUGUUGUGCUGUUACAGGAAAAUAAUCAGUGACAGGGUGGUGUGAUAAAGUAUAGUUACUGUUAUCUCCCUGAAGUGUUUUGUUCCUCUUAUACCACAGCAGUUUGCUAACACUAACAAGGUGUUUACUAAAAAGCGUUAUAUUUUUUAUCCACUUAUAGUUACAUUUAAAGUUGUCAAACGUCCGCUAAACCAGCAGCUAUAAAAAAGCCCUCAGUGUCAGAAAAGUUACAGCUUUACCUCUGACUGUUACAAAGUGCUGACACUGGAGACUCCUUCCAUAAAUAUUAAACAAACUUCUCCUCACAGAAAAUGUCACCAUAUCAACAAUUACACACUUCAGUUUAAGUAAGUUGUUGCCAUAGAAAUGAUAACAUAUUAUAACAGCACAUUGCAGCCAGAACUACUAAUCAACACCUUCUGACCAAUCAGAAUUGAGAAUUCAACAGCGCCUGUAGUAUAAUAAAACCUAAAGAUAGCUGUGUUAUGUUUACCUGUUAUGUUUAGUGAUCUGGGUUAGGUUUUAGCUGAGUGUGUUUAUUUAAUUUACACACUGAAUAAUUAGCCAAUUAGCUAGCAAGCUGCUGUAACGUAAAUUUAUGGCAACAACACACGAUCUGUGUAUACCGCCCCUAACCAUAUUUUCUCAAUCGGUGUAAGUUGAGUACUAAUGAGAAUGAUUUCUAAUGAGAACUCUAGAACACUAGCAUUUGGGAUGUUGAAAACGUAGGACCUGAGGAUGUCACCCAGUAGCGCUCAUUGGUUCAUUAUGUCAUGGUGUCCUCUUUUGGUCAUUGGAGGAACUGCAGCAAUUUAAAAAUGUAAUUUUAAAUAACAGGUUUGCUUGGUGAAAUGUUAAAUAACCAAGUUCAUCAAUUUCUAGAGAAACCCAUAAUGAUAAUGUCUUAAUAAUUGGUAUUCUAUUUUUUAAUUUUGGUUUAUUUUUAUUUUGAGAGUUUGAGAUGAUAUCGUUAAUGUGUCCAUGAUCUGGACUUUAUUCUAGAUGUUUAGCCAGAAAGGCCAGAAUGUUCAUCAGUGUUGCUUUCACUCAAAUACACAAACAGUGCAGUUAAAUUAGAGCUCCCCUUGAUAUAAUAUUAAUUAAAAGUACAAAAUCCACUAUUUAUAUGUUUAGUUCAGUUAAAGUUCAAAAAUACUUGCUUUUGAAUAUUUAUUAUACACUCUUUAUACUAUUAUUUAUUAAGGGUUCUUCAGGUUUUCAUCCUGGGGAAGCCUUAAAGGUUCUAUGUGAAAACCUACAAGAGUGUUUUCCUAUCAGAUAGGGUUCCAAGUAGACCCCUUUUAGGAAGCUAAUAACCUUUAACUAUCCAAGAACCAUUUUUUUCUAAGAUGGUACAAAGUACCAAGACAGUUUAGCUAAAUUGUAAACGUCUGCCAGGUUUUUUGGUUUUGAGAAGAAAAUAAUUUGUACCACACACAUACCCAUACUUAAUCCACACACUCUAAGAAAAGGUGUUCGCACGGGUUCUGUGAGGGUUGUUUUAUUUUAUUUUAUUUUUUAAUGAGUUAAACACUUUGCUUCAGGGUUCUACAUAGAACCUCCCUGUUCUACAUAGAAGCUGCCCCAAGAGGAAAAACUGAAGAACCAUUAAGGGUUCUACAUUUUUAAGAAUGUAGUUGUUAGGUGUUUUUUAAAUGUUUCUAUUAAGGAGAAUUGGCAAAGAUAAAUUUAAAAACUUUCUUAAAUGUUCUGCAUGUAUCCAUGUUUUCCUGAUUUUUGCAGAUAUUUUAGACAAUCUCAUUUUCUCUCUUUUUAAAAAUAACGAUUAUUGACACACGCUGGAGAUCAUAGUGGAGGGAAGAGUAGAAUUUUGACUUUGCCAUGUAGAGAACUGAAGGUAUAAUGUCUCUAAAAUGGCAGUACUUUACUGAAGUAAGGGUACUUCAAAAAAAAAAAAAAAAAAAAAAAAAAAGCACUUAAGUACAGUAGGAUAUUGCAUGUAAUUAACAGCCUAAUGAUUGCUCACUGAUUUAUAAUUCACAUCAAACUGAUCAAUCUUUAAACUCCAUUGAUCCUUAUUUUUUUAUUUAACACAUCGUCAGUACACUUAUCUAUGUGUUAUGUGUUGCUGUCUCUACUGUUUUCAGAAGACACUUUACUGGAUUUACACCACGCUUUAUUAUCAGGAUUUCAGUUUUUUCCCCAUUGCUUCUGCAAUUUACAUCAGUCCUAAUUUAUUGUCUAUAGAGAGACUGGAUAUUGGUCAAAAAUGAUAAGUCUGUUUAUAUAUAAGCAUAUAUAUAGUUUAUACUUAUAUAUUAAUACUUAUAGUUUAAGCGUUAAUAUGCACAAAUGUAUUUCUCCAUUGUCUCAUGGAGGUGAGAAAGGGAGAAACAGUGAUCUGAAAUGAACCAUUUUUACAGUUUGAUCCGUAUACGUUUAUAUCGGUGUGUAUGUUCAGAGGAUGUUCAGUUUUAUGAACAACAAAUCUCAUAAUGUCAAUCAUAACUUGUUCUGGUCACAAUCACUUGUUAAUUACGUUGUCUAAUUACAUUGAUUGAUGUUGGAGAUUGUUGAGGUCCGAACUAAAAAAAAAAGAAAGCUAUUUGAACGCAUCAUUUCUAACUGAAGUGUUUAGAACUGGACGUUAUUGAAAUAACCGACUGACGUUCACUUUGUCCUGAGACCGUGUUCCCUGUUGUUUUGAAUGAUUUGAAUGGAAAAAAUUAAAAUGUAUAAUUAAUGUCUGAAGCAGACAGAAAUACAGUAGCAGUAGAUAUGACGAGUGGUUCAACGAACUACGACUUUUAUUUCUUUCUUUACACAGCUGAUGGGUUCUGUUUCAGGAUUUGGCUGCUGGAAGUAGCCUUCACAGGGUAACGUUACUUUAAUUAUGUUGACAAAGAUGAGGUGAAAAAUCGUUCCAUUUUAAGAGAAGGUGAUAACAGGGUUUUGUGGUAAACUAGCGACCAUAAGGCUUCUCGGAAAUCAUUAUACUCUGCACGUACAUAGCUUUUUGUUAAAAAGGCCCCAUUAAACUGCCUUGAUAUUUGCGACAUCAGUGGCAUCUAGCAGGAAGUCGAAGCCUGAUUUCUGGAUUUAUGGUCUUCAUGCAGUUGGACAGGAAGAUUGUAAGUUCAAAUCCCAACACUGUGCGACUGUUCGGCCUUUGAGUAAGACAUUUCAUGCUUAACUCUUCAGCUCUGUGCUGUAAAAAAAAAUCAUCUGCCAAAUAAAUAAAUAAAUGUAAUGUGUGAUAUGUGUUCUCAGCCAAGGACUAUGCUGUGCGACUCUGAUUUGUAAUAUUGUUUGUAUUAGGAAUGAACUUAAAUUAAAUCGUAAGCCAUAUUUAAUAUUAUUAGUGUUAUUUGGACCUCCUUAGAUGCAGAUUGAGCCAGGUCUUAGAUUAUUUCAUUUAUAUAGGAGGUUAAAGAAGAAUGUUUUCAGCUUGACUUUAAAACAGGAAAUGUAAGAGCAGGCUUGAAGAGGAAACGGAAAGGUUUGGGAUGUUCCAAAUGUUUAGACCCUAAGACAAUAAUUGAUGGACAAAUGGAGUCAUUUAGUCUUUAGCUUCCCAUAUUUAACCUAUAUAAUAAGAGAUUUCUAUUUAUUUAUCUUAUACAUUGUUCUUGAUUUGAACCUUUUUUAAAAUGAAAAACCUUUGCACACAUGAAAUAUGAAAAGAUUCAAAACAAAUCUGCAACCUAUGGGUAUGUGUAAAAUAUCCAUGUUUAUACUUUAAUAGAAAUUUCCUUACAUUUUUAAAAAUGUGAAACAAUUCCUUAAAUAACAACAACAGUAAUGCAUCAGUAAUAAUAAAUUUAUAUAUGUCUUUAUAUAAUACACUGAGCUUCUCUGUGUGUUAAAAUGACUUUUAUGGCAGAAUGUUCUGAUAAACAUUCAUUCAGUUUAUAUUAUAUGGAUUGAUUUUGUAAAAUGAAUUAAAUGAAUUUUCAAGCUUGUAUUAUUGUGUUUAAAAAAAGUAGAUUUAUGGACACAGGGAUGAAAUUUAAAUUAAAAUGUUCAAAUAAA